CCUCUUCCUCUUUCUACUUCCUUCUCCUCUUCUUUUCCUUUUCUACCUCUUCCUCCUCCCUCUUUCUUAUCUUCUUUGUAACUACUCAACCUCAUCAGAACUAUUGACAAUGUUUUUAUACCUAAGGUUUGCUUUUUCUCUAGCAAACACAGCAAAGAAGCAACAAUAAUCAUAUCUUGUCUUUGGCCCUACAUUCUGCACUGUCUUUCUCCCAUUUCAUGCUUGCAAAGCCAUCGUUCUGUGAUUCUUUUCCCCAAGCAUGACCAUAACAGUAAUUGUCCAAGGGGCACAGGACAUCCUCCUCCCUGUCACUGGGCACUGACAGGGAAUAGCAUGGCCUUUCCUGGCCUUGCCACUGGAAUAAACGCUUUGGUCCUAGUGUGGGUUCAGUGACUUUGGAAGGAGCUUCUGUUCCCACAAAAUCAUAUCCUUCCCCUUUAGUAUAUUUUUAUAAGAACAACAGGGCUAAGAUACCAUUAAAAUGUUGAUAUUGUCAAAAUUCUAAAGAAGUUUCCGCCCAGAGCAGAGAGUCUAACAUUUUCUCCUGAGUGAGGCUCCAGGCUGCCACAAUGCGGAAGGUUUACAUUUCUCCCGUGGUAUAAACAGUUUAAAGGCUCUUAAUGUGAAUGUUGGAGCUGACACCUUCAGGUAAACCCUGAUCCUAACUCCAGCCCUCAACCCAAUGAGCAAUCUGUCACUGACCUCAGACCUUUGGUUCCCAGUGGAGGGCACGUGAAAGAGUGACCUACACCAGGAUUCUACCUUAGGGCCACAAAGGUGACAUGUCCCAAUUUUCUUGAGAGCCUGGCUAAUGUAGCCUCUGAGAACAGAUCAGUGAUGACAAACUGCCUACCUCUUAGUUCUCACGUAGGCUUAGCCUGCCCCCAUUCUGUAUUCACCCUUGUUCCCCCAGGGCUCAUUCCAACUCUCUCCUAGUAAAAUGCCCUCCCACUGGGCCCCAUUUUCACCACUAGUACUCAUAGAGGAUUAUUAGUGACAUCUCCUCUCAAAUGCUGAAUUCCUGUCCAAACUAAAGAUUUAAUGCUGCUUUUUAGGCGGCUAAGAUAUCUCUAUUUGAGGUUUGCAAGAUAGUGGGACAGAAGGCAAGAAAAGAGACCUGCUUCUAGAGAUAAUUUUCAUCUCUUUAAGUGUAUCCUCUUCUCUCCACCGCUCAUUCCACUAUUGCCUGUAAAAUGAAUGUCACCAAGCCAGUUGCACUUUUUAAAUAACAUUUAUGGCAGAAGAGAGACAUUUGUCACAUCAUGCCCUGCCCCCACCUCCCAAGCAGGUGGAUGAUAUUGAGCCAAGCACCAGGGAGCUGGAGUGGACUGCAAACAAGCCAGCAGAGAGAUGUUUAAAUUCAUUGCUGUUGCACCUGUUUUUAAAGGAAAAAGCAAAUGCUGACUUACUUUUAUUGUGCUCAAAAGGCGGAGGUGGGGAGUGUAUUUCCAUCCUUUCUGAAACUUGAAAUGACAAAUGGAAUCAAUUGCCCCUGAAAUGACAUGCCACUAAGAAUGUUUCUUACUCAUGAAAUGAAUUACCUUUCUUUUCACCUGGGUUCAAGAGUGUUGUGUUUGUGUUUUCACAGGGAAAGUGUGAACACUAGAAAUGUUUUCAUUUUCUAUUUUGAAGAGGUCAGACUCCAAAGCCUGACUUCAGAUUUCAUGCCCAUGUGUCAGCAUCUCUGUGUCUUGGAAAUGAAAGAAAAUAUUUUGGGGGUGGGGUUUUCAAGUGCUGUUGUUUUUGAACUUUUCCAAAAAAGAGCAGGAGAUGUCAGAAAGCAGAGAGCUUAAUAAAGCAACACAAAUAUGUUUCAAAGGUUCUUUUAAAAGCAUCUUUAUGAUUAAGCCAAAAAAUAAUAAUUUUAAGUUGACACAGUGCACAAAAUAUUCAUCUUCCAGUCAUUUUGACUUCUUAAAUGACUAUGAACCUAUUACAGAAUUCUGACCGGCAAUACUGGUGUCUAGAAAAAUCUGUUUGUAUCUUCUUUCUUUUGUGGUUUGGGAAAGUUAUUAUGUAAGAAAUAAAAACAAAUGGCUAAGUCAGGGGUAGAUUAUUUCAAUUCACUAAUACCUAGAUUUAAGAGAUGAGGAAUUUAUUCCUGAUUCAGAAUCUUACUAGUGGUAUCAUUUAGGCAAAUUACAGAACCUCUCUGAGCCUCUGUUUCUUAAUCUGGAAAAUGAGAAUAAUGCUACUUCCCCUGCAUAUCUGUUAGAGCUGUUGCAUUGGAUAUGGUUGAUGGAUGGGGAAACAACUUGGUUGUAGACACAGAAGGUAAGAUGGGAAAACCUGGACCAGGAGUGUGAAACUCCAGGUGCUAGUGCUGGCUCUGGUCUUAGUUGCAUGACGGAUCUUGACAGUCACUUGCUUUGGUAUUGAGCAGUUCUGGCUCCUGCUGGUCCAUUCCAAACGCAGUAGCAGAUGUAGAUGCACUCACAUAAACCUGGGCAGAGAUGAGGUAUUCCUGCCAUGGUCAGAAUGGAGGCCUGUGCCAGGCAUUGAGCAGAACCUUGUGAGGCAGAGGCCAAGAGCACCACAGAAAAAUCAUGAGUGUGGAAACAGGCUUUCCAGGGUUCUAGUCCCAGGAGUCGUGCUUAAAAUGCAUGUGAUGGAAAGCAAGUUGCUAUACUGCUCUGAUUUUCACUUUGUUCAGCUGUAAAGUGGGAUCAGUAGCACUUAUUUCCUAAAGAUUAACCAAGGUGGCUUUUGCUCAAUCAUUUGGUUGUCUAAAACUUGGAUAUAGUACCAUUGCCACCACCAUUGAACACAAACGAGUGCCUGAGGAGCUCCCCAACUACUCAGUCCAAGGCAGAUGUGACAACAGUGCCAGGACGCCUCGGGGAUACACAUGUCCCUGUCUCUUCUCCUAAUGUCCCUUCUCCCUCAUUAGUCCUCCUCCCUGGCCUCUUUGCUGGCUUGUCCUUAUUCUCUGGACCUCUAAAUAUGGAGUGCCCUGGAGCUUAGCUUUCCUUUCUAGAUCGCCCUCUUCCUGGAUGAUCUCAUCCUCCCCAGGCAUGAGCUACGGUCUAUGACUUCCGGAUGUUCAUUUCCAGUCUGGACCUCUCCCCUGGGCCCCAGACUCUUAUAUUCUACUGGCAUGUCCACUUGGAUGUCUAAAGGACAUCUCAAAUUUAGAAUUUCUUUUUAUCCCCAAACUACUUUUCUCCUAGUCGUCUUUGCUUUAGAUAAUGACAUAAUUAUUCCCACAGAAUAAUCUAGAAACCAUCCUUGAUUCUACCUUCCCUCUCACCUUUUAUAUCCAAUUCACCAGUAAGUUUGUUGGCUUCACCCUCAAAAUGCAGUCAGAAUCCAGCCACUUCUUACAGUCCCAAUGCUGCCUCCUUAAUCUGGGCCAGGGUUGCCUCUCACCUAGACCUCUUCCUGCAUCUGCUGCCUCUGUUGUCAUUUUUCUUUUAGGCCAAUAGCAGCCAGAGUACCCUUUAAAAAUGUAAAUUGCAAUGGUAUUUCCCAGCUCUGAGCCUCCCAUGGAUUUCCAUUAUAUGUAGAAUAAAAUUAUCUUGCCAUGGCUUUUUUCAGUGGUUCUUAAACGGGGGUGAUUUUUCUCCUAGGGGAUAUUUGGCAAUAUCUGUGACCACCUCAUUUCUGGUGGUCAUAAAGAGGGUGGUGGAGGCUUGAGGGGUGUUACUGGCAGCCAGUGAGUAGAGGCCAGGGGUGCAGCAAAACAACAUGCACAGGACAAGCACCUGCAACAAAAAAAUCAUGUGACUCAAAAUGUUGAUAGUUCUGGGGUGGAGGAAACCUGCCUUAUGCGAUCUGGACCCUGACCAUCCCCAGCAUCUUAAUCGCUCCUCCCCUUGUGGUUGUGUGGUGACCAUAUUGACCUUUUUGCAAUGUCUUCAACAUGCCUAACUUGUUAUUGUCUUGGGGCCUUUGUACUCGCUGUUUGCUCUAUUUGGGACACUCCUACCCACAGAUCUUCACAUGGUUAGCUUCUGAUCAACAUUUAGUUCUGCUAUCACCUCUUGAUCAUCCUAAUCUAAAAUAUCUAUCCUACCCCCACCAAGCCCUGCCAUUCUAUUCUCCCACCCUGCCUUACUUAUUUUUUAAUACUUAAUUUUAUGAUUUGUUUUCUUAUUUUACUAUCUGUCUCCUCCACAAGAACAUAAGAUUGAGGGCAGGAACUUUGCUGUGUUCAUCAAGGGAUCCAUUCAUCACAUAGUAGGAGCUCUAUAAGUCUUUGUCAAAUGAGUAAUUCAGCAAAUAACUGACAAGGAUAGCACAGACAUGGCCUAUGACAGAAGGUUAGGAGAAGAGAUCAGCAGGAUCUAGCAUUUCACGGAAUGCUUUCCGGAGGAGACCUGCCAUGGGCUACCCUGUGAGUUUCCGGAGUACACCAUCCCUCCAGAUGAGCUGGCCCUAAAAUGGAGAAGGGCUUCCUCUCAAGCAUAUAUGCACCCAGCAUAGCCUUCUUGUAGGUUAGAGACAGCUGUGGAUUUUAACCCGUGAUAGGACAGAGACCCAAGCUGUAGGGCUCAGGGGUCCAGGCUCUGAUGGAAGAGAGGAAUCAGGAAAGAAAGUGAGUAUGAGAGAAGCAGGUCCAGGAAAGAGAAGCCGAAGCUCAGGUUGGCUCAGGUCAGGAAUGGAGCCCAGUAUAGAGGGAAGGGAGGGGCCAGGGAAGGACAAGCAGACAGCUCCAGAGGAAAAUCUCUGGGUUGGCUCAUCCUGGGGUGGGGAGUCAAUUGAGGAAGCUAUGAAAUGGAAAGCAGAUAAGGGACAAAAUCAAACCUUUCAUGUAGCCUGGCAGAGACAGAGUCCUGUUUAGACUUAGUGACCCAUAUAAAGCUUGUACCACACGAGAAACAUGACAUUAUGACAAACACAGUUAAUUCCAGAACAGUCUUGAUUUCAAAUGCUCUGGCCCAUCAUCAAACAUUGAUCUUGUUCUUCAGUUUCAGAAAGUCAUGACAGUAACACCACAUGUAACAGUGCUUAGCAAUGCCAGGUGAUGGGUGGGUGUUCACUUCCAUCCAGGUAAGCCCCUGUGCCAUCUCAAAAUAAUGAUAUUGAUGUCCAGUUCUUAAGGGAGAUGAAGUGAGCAGGGCAGGUCAUAGAUCAUAUUUCCAAGGUCCCAGGGUUCCAGGUUAUACAAAUUCUGGGGUUUGCAGAUCACAGAGUCUCCCACGGGAGAGGGAUGCCUGGUGGCAUGUACACAGCUCUGGCCAUCCUGGUAUUGUCUCCAAGAGAAAGGGUAUGGUCAGGGUCUGUGCCCUCAGGGCCACCUCAGGACACUUACUCAUAACUCUGGUUCAUUUUGCUGCCUGGAUCCUUCUAAGGAGAUGACUACAUGUGAUUAGCUGGCCAACACCUCAUUUUAUUAGUCUGUUAAUGUAGUUUUAAAGUAACACACCUAAGAUGCAGACAGCUUACUCCAACCUAACAAAAAUGUCAUUAUGAAAAUUUACAAGGUCUACAGAGUGAUAUAAUGGUGAUGAAAUUCAGAUGUGUCAAAUUACUCUCAUGUUUAAUUUAGCCUGACUCAGUCCGUAGAAAUAUGGAUUUUCCCACAGACGUAGUCUCAUAGCUGCCUGGGCACUGUGUGCUUUGCAGGGCUGAGGCUAUGAUAAGGUUGCCUGUCCCACAGCCUCAAAAGUCAUAAAACAGCCUGUGCUGACCAUCUCCUCCUGCUUCCUCAGAUUGCUGCUGACAGGCCACUUUGUCUUUUCACUCACAAAACCCAUCUGCCAACUGGUCUUUGGGAUCCCCUUCCAUCGUUAGGUCCUCUUCUUGGUAGACACAGAUUUGAUACUCUCAAACUUCUGCUCCAUUGAAACAUGAUUUCUGGAUCUUCAUUCCUACUAAGAAAUACAGGGCUGAUGAAGGCUUAGACCCAUACUCAUCCCAGGGGCAGAUUCUAAGCAGCUGUCAUGUUCUCUCAGUUAGAAAGUUAAUAAACCCCACUCAGCAACAAUGGAACAAGCAAAAGCCUGACCCGGUUCCUUCCUUCCUGCUAACAAUGUGACUUGCAAUAGCUUGUAUAAACUCCCUCUGAUUCUCAGCUUCCUGAACUGUAAAACCAGAAUAAUACUAAUACUCCCUUAUAAAGUAGUGAUUGUAAGAAGAGAACACAUGUAACACUUAGCACUGUGCUUGGCACAUAAAAGCUGUUCAACAAAUGGCAGCUACCCUCAUUAUAUUAUUAAAAUCUUGGAAAGUAAGAUUUCAGACAUCAGUCAAUGACUCAUGGAAAUGUUUUGGAGCUUGAGGUCUUUGUAAAGUGAGAGGGCAGGAGAGUGGAGCCUAAAACAUGGGGAGGAAAUCCCCGUGCAAGGAAUGCAGAAGGUCGUUGCCAUGGCAUCAUGGUGACUGACCACUCAUUUGUGGGCUAAACCCCAUUAAGCCAGCUGCAAAAUGGGGGUAAUAAUAAUGUUGCUAUAAUUAUUAAAUAUGGCAAUGCUUAUAAAAUGGUUAACAUAGCUCCAGGCACACGAGCCUCAAAAAAUUUAGAGCUGUUGUUAUCACAACCAGUCUUCCCUUGCUAGCUCCUCUGUCACCUAUUUACGCUGGUCAAGCCACUAUUUAGAAAAGUCCAACCUGGGUUCCUAAGGCACUAUUUCACAGUUUAGGGGGGGACAGUGCAGCCCCCACCCCAAAGGUCUCUUAGUGUCACAGGGCAUUUAUAGCCUCCAAAAAUCACUCCCACAGAUUUCUAGGGCCCACUCCUUGUAGCCUCCAGGUGGCUUUGUCACAUGUAAAGGCAAUGUCAUGCUAUGCACAGAAAGUGAAUAGCCCCUUUCCUUUCUUACCAUGGGCCUGGAGUUGGUCCCACCUGGCUGUCACCCUUCAUUCCUGGGAUGGUCAUGAAAGCAAGGGAUCUGUACCCCCGAAAGGAAUUUAUUCAGCACCAGCAAAGGGCAAGGCGCCCAGACUUAGCUUUUGCCAUGGGCCCUGCCAGAAAGUGCUGGGCAGGGACAGAAAAGAAAUUCCAGAGACAAGGUUUCUCUAGUGUCCUUGGACUUGGGGAGAAGUAAAUUGUAGGGUUGUCUCAUUUAUGAUCAAAGGUACCAAAACUUUAUAAAAUGCCUUGAGGAUAUUUUGUCCGUGUUCCUAAGCAAACAGAAAAAUGGAGAAACAUUUUGGGUCCACCAAAAUUGGUAGUUAGGAUGAACUCUUACUGCAAGGGCCAUGUCUAUCUUAAGCUAAUUAUGCAGCAAGUAUGGCUGUGUCCUCACUGUGUGCAUGCACUGCUCUGGGCUUUUGGGGGCUGUAAGAACACUUAAGAUUUACACCUGCCCAUAAGGGGCUUGCCAUCUGUUUGGUGCUUCUUAUUUUGGUUUUAAUUACAAGGAAGACGUUAGCCUUUUGGAAAAAGAAUCACUGGGAUGAAUCUAAUACUACUGGGCUGGCUGUCAUGCAGAUUCUUUUAUGGCCCUGUGGCCUUGGACGUGAAAAGGUAAUGAAAACAUUUCAUUAUAAGGUUUCUUCUCCCCUCCUGCAUGCUCUACCAUCUGCCCUUGGCUAUGACACACACACACACCUCACACACACAUCAUGCAAAAGUGGAGCCAUUUCUGAGGCAACUGCAAACAUUAAAGAACCACAGUCCUUUCGGACUCAAAAAUCCAUAAAAUCCUAGUGUUGAAAGAAUAAUGAGAAAUAAUUCAGUCCUUUCAUUUAUAAUAAAUGCAAAAAAGAAGGAAAAAAACCCCAAAAAGCUGGUGGAUGAAGUUCCUUGAUUACAAAUCACAGUGUUAGUAACAGCCCACCCAGCCCAGGGCUCAGUUCAUUUCUUCCUUCCAUUCUUUCAUCAACUAUUUAUGAAGCACCAACAUUGUACCAGGAGCUGUGCUCCUGGUGAUACAAUGUACCACUGGUGAUACAAUGGUAGAAAAAAACCAUACAUAAUUCUCUCCCUCCUGAAGGGUCUUACAGACUAGCCAGGAAGAUAAUCAGUUGGCAUGCAAAGAAAUGGCCAUUUCCACCUGCUAAGUGUCAUGAAGGAGAGUUCCACGUGCUGGUCCAUGCUGCAUCUUAGUGAGCAGAGCAGGCUUCUUGGAAGAAGGCAUGACUCAUCUGAGGUCUGAAAAGUGGGCAGGAAAAGGAGAGGAAGGAUGCUCCAAAGAUAAAGAGAAGUCCUCCAGGAAAAUGUCUCACACAGUGGCAGGCUGAAGCCAGCUCACACAGGCUCACCCCUGCUCCACCAUAAGCUUCUCUUCCCAACUCCACUCCCAGUGAGGCCACACUGCUAACCUGGAAUUGGCCAAAAUGGGGAUAAUCGCAUGGCAGAAAGCAGCAGAUGCUCCAAGUUAGGGCUUCCACCCACCUCUGCUUUGUGGAGCCAUUUUUUACCAACACUUCAUGGGCUUCAUAUACAGUGGUGCCUGCUUAGCUGUGGUUUCGCUUUCGAAGGUUUCAGUUACCUGGGAUCAUUUGUGGUCCGAAAAUAUUAAGUGGUAAAUUCCAGAAAUAAACAGUUUAUGUUUUAAAUUGUGCAUCAUUCUGAACAGUGUAAUGAUAUAUUGCGCCAUCCCACUCUUUUCUGCCCGGAACGUGAAUCAUCCCUUUGUCUGCUCUCUAGGCUACCUGCCUCUUAGUCACUUAGUAGCCUGUUUGGUUGUCAGAUUGGCUGUCACUCAUUACCCACUUAGUCGCUGGUUUGGUUGUCAGAUGGACUGUUUCAGUAUGGCAGUGCUGGUAUUCAAGUAGACCUUAUUUUGCUUGAUAAUGGCCCCAAAGCAGAAGAGUAGGGAUGCUGGCAUUUUCUCAUAAUUGUUCUAUUUUAUUGUCACUGUUGUUUAUCUCUUACUGUGCCUAAGGUAUAAAUUUUAUCACAGGUUAUGUAGGUUUGGGGAAAAAACAUAGUGUUUAUAGGAUUUGGCACUAUUUAUACUGGGGGUCUUGGAACAUAUCCCCUGCAGAUAAAGAGGGACUAUUGUAUUCCACCUGUUUUCAGGCUGAGGGCGACACAAACACUGCCCUUUAAGCCACCAUAGGCCUGAUCCUGCUCCUGCAAAAACUCUACCAAAUGCCUGUUCCCAGAAAGGCAUUGUCAACAAGUGACUUGGACCUUGGGGCUGUUUAUUUCAGACCCUGGGCCAUCUGGCUUCUCCCAGGAUCCAGAACAUCCCAGCAAGUUAAUACCAGGCAGCUAAGAAAGAGCCUGUUCUUGUGGUCUUCGCCACCCCCUUGCCAUCUAAUGAUAUUUAUCAACCACCCACGCCUGCUCAGUGCUGUAUAAGACACUUGGCCAGGCAGAUCUCAAGUCAGGCUUUGACCCCUCAGGAAUUCAGAGCCUGGCUGAGGCUGCUAGGCUGACAUUGUUCUUCCUUAAUAUAAGGAAGAACUCAGGCUGUCGGGGGCACAAGAACCAGGGCUGGGUGCCCAGCUGAGGGCGUGGUUUAGGAGAUGGUACUGCUGCCAUUUUUUGUUUGUUUCUAGGCACCAGAAAUACCAGGUGAGUAGGGGUUACAGUUCAUACUAUGUAUGAUUUGGUCAAGUUUUAAAAACAACUGAUGCUACCACCCUUGUACCCCCACUACGAUUCCACUUCUCCAAAGAAAUUUGCCAAAAGAAAAGGUGAGUUUUGAGUUCUUACUAAGUCUGUUAGGAAGCAAGGGUGAGCGGCAAUCCCAGAGGUGGGGGUUUUGCAGUAGCAGUGUCUUUGUUUCCAAACCGUGUGUGUACAGGUAUAUACAUGAGUAUGUGUCUGUGAGUACAUGUACACAUGUGUGUGUGCUUGUGUGUGUGUAAGCAUGUGUUUGUGGGUGUGUGUCUGCAGUGCCGACAGAAUGUGGAGAGCAACAGUGUCUGCAGUGAUGCAGGGUGCAAAGGAAGCAGCUAGACAGGGCUAUGAGAUGGAGAAUCUUGAAGAAGGCCAGUCACCGGGUCUGGUUAAGGAAAGAAACCAGGCAUCCUGGAUGGACAGAAUUCCCUUUGAUCAUCUGAUCAUCUCUCGGCUCUGGAAGGGAGUGAGUGACUCCCAUUCUUGGCCCAUGCUGGAGAAGACACCCCCUGCAUUGUGGAACUCAACCAUUUACUAUCUUGACCUUUAGUCAAACUUAAAUGCUGGAUAUGACCUGUGUGUCUCCCUGCCAGGACUCUAGUGAGAGCCAGGCAGGAAUGUGCAGAGUAUGAAUCUGGAGAGUCUCAUGAAGCCAUUCAACAGCAUCUGGCCGUAGCCCUGCUGUAAGUGACACUUGGACUGACAGUGUGUCUCCAGGAGGCUUCCACCCAAAAGCAAGAAUGAGAAGUGACCCAGGUGGCAUUGCCAGCUAUUGAUGGCUAGUCUUGAAUUCAUUCUGCUUGUCAGCUGCAUCUUUGGGAGUGGGGAGCAGGUAGGAGUGGGCUGAGGGGAAAGGCUCUCGGAAGGGCGUACUGUUGGGAGAGUAGGGACCAGCAGGUGGGCUGCCAGGGAGGUAGGGAUGUGGUGAUGCAGAAAGUUGCUAUUUGAAGGCUCUAACAACAAAGAAGAGAGGAUGGUUGGAGAUCACAGAGUAUAUAGGGGUGGAGGCUGGUGCAGGGUGAGCAGACAGACUGUUGGAAGGUAGGUGGACAUGAAGAUGGCCCUUGGCUGCUUUGCAGAGAAGCUUUGCCCCCUCCCAGGUCUUGCUUCCUCCUUUGCCCUAUGCUGUGGCCCGUCGGCACAGCUCACAUGCUACUCCUUUUCCUGAGACUGCCUUGGAGCCUGGGAUUGUCCACUGACCCUGUCCCCACCACUGGCAAAGUAUAAUUUGAGGGUCCUGGCCCAGACAGUGAGAGUCAGUGAGAAAGCCUGGAGGGGAAGCACUGUCCAGUUCUCGGUAGAGGGACUGUGGGCAGAGUCACCAUUAAAGCUGUGCAGGUUGUGUCCUGUCUAGGGCAUCUAGCUAAGGGGAUGAGUAGGGGCUCAGCUCACCAAACCAUGCCCCUGGCAAGGAGCGGCCUCUACCUGAGAAAGGGACAUUUCUUCUAAUUAACACAAAGCUUACUCAGGGCCUAGCUGCAGCCUCCAUUCUGGGAGCCCCUGCAGGCCAUGGAAGGGAGGCCCCAAGAGAGAAUAGAAAUGCCAGAAAAGGAGAGAGAGCAUAUACAGUGGGGUCCCAGUGGAGGGGGCAGCCUUCGGAACAGGGAAAGGUGAACACCAAUAUUAGCCACUUUACAAGUCACCGAGAGCCAGCCUGGGGCUAUCAUUUUACUACACUGAAAUGCUUGUGGUCUGAAGAUGAAGGGAUGUUUUCCUUAUUAACAUUGAAAUAAUUAACUUGUUUAUGUUAUUAUGCUCAUUGUCUAAACAUUGUUCAAUAAAACAUCUUAUUGCUGAUAAUUUUCCAAAUGUUACAGUAAACACGGGACUCCUGCCAGUAGCAGGAAUGCAUUUCGAGUUACACAGUGAGCACGGUGUUUGCUUUGCUGCCAGUCACUUGACUAAGGUCUCCUGACUGUAGCUUGGCUGCAACUUCUUAUCAAUCCCAGGUGAAGAACACUCUGAUAAAGAGCAAAUUAUUCUCUGUGGUCAGAUCCCCAAAUACGUGGGUGACAAACACAGUGGCAUUGUUUCCUUGACUGAGUCUUGUUUUCCAUGUGUGGGAGGAAUUCCAGACUUGAGAAUUCUGCAUCCAGACUUCAUAGAUUUCUUUUUCCUAAUUGAGACAACACAACUAAUGAUAAAGAACAAUACCAGCCUGGCUUUCAAGCUCCAAAAGGCUCUGGGUCAAAACCUGACCUCCAUAGGGAUUGGAGAGGGUCCAACAGCAACUACUCUCUUCUGUUGUCAAGCUAGACCACGGGCUCCUUGAGACUAACUUUCCGUUGGCUUCUGGAGCAUGGAAACGGAGCAGAUGUGCCUGCCUGCUAAUGCACUGUAGGAUGGAACUGCUCGCCCAGCUUAUUGAAAUCAGAUGCACAACACUCGAGCUGCCCUGCAAACAGAUGGUGGCUCCACGCAAGUGCCAUCACAUUGGAAAAUUACAAGAGCCAUGACUCCAUCCCCUCUCCACCAUGCAAAAUUGCAUUUUUUUUUUUACCAACUGGGUAAGAGAAAGUCCUUCUCUUCUCCAUACAUCCACUCUAAGGGGCCAGGCCCUUGUGAAAUAUAGCACUCCUAGAUUGCUAAAGUAGUAUGAAAAUUUGAAUACAAUGGACAAUUCUGGAAGGAUGUACCCUAAAUAUUAACAUUCAUUAUCUCUGAGUAGGAGGGAAUUGAAAUUAAAAAGCAGCAUGGCAUAUAUGGACUUGUACAUACUUUUUUUAGAAAAUUGCACCCAAUUCCCAAAUAGUAUUCAACUUGUCAGAAACAAAUUCUGAGAUUGUUUAGAAAUUGUUUUUAAUAUGCAAUAUCCUUUAAGAAAAUUUUACCUUAAAAUUCUAGAUAAUCAACUAUUUCAAUUGGUCUGAAUUUUAAGUUUAAUCUAAAUUAUAUUGAAUUUCUUUGAGAAUUUCUAGGUUAAAACUGUAAUCUGAGUAAAACAUUAAGUUAGAGUGAGUUUGUUGGUUGAUUUUGGAUAUUUACAUAGGCAAACAUAUAUAUAUAGCUUCACUUUCCUCCUCUGUGCAAAAAUUAAACAGCUCUAUUCAUAGGGCUAUUAUGAGCAUUAAGUGAGAUCAUCCAUUUAAAAUAUUUACCACAAUACCUGACUAUACAAGAUAUAUAAGAAAUUGUAGCUAUCAUUAGCUAUAUAAUUUUCAUUUUUCUUUUAAAGAUGACACCAAUUUCUGCAAGAAAACAAGUGGACAAUCAACAAGGAGAUAUCAAUUGGCUUAUUUUCUGAAUAGAUAGUUUUGGUCAGUGGUCGUGCAGUCCAAGGGGCUGGAUGGCAUGCUGGACCCAAGCUCAGCUCAGCGUCCGGACCCAAUAACAGUUUUACCAAGGGAGCAGCUUUCUAUCCUGGCCACACUGAGGUGCAUAGCGUAAUGUCCAUGUUGUUCUACACUCUGAUCACAGCUUUUCUGAUCGGCAUACAGGCAGAACCACACUCAGAGAGCAAUGUCCCUGCAGGACACACCAUCCCCCAAGCCCACUGGACUAAACUUCAGCAUUCCCUUGACACGGCCCUUCGCAGAGUCCGCAGCGCCCCGGCAGUGGCGAUAGCUGCACGAGUGGCAGGGCAGACCCGCAACAUUACUGUGGACCCCAGGCUGUUUAAAAAGCGGCGACUCCGUUCACCCCGUGUGCUGUUUAGCACUCAGCCCCCACCUGAAGCUGCAGACACUCAGGAUCUGGACUUUGAGGUCGGUGGUGCUGCCCCCUUCAACAGGACUCACAGGAGCAAGCGGUCAUCGUCCCACCCCAUCUUCCACAGGGGCGAGUUCUCGGUGUGUGACAGUGUCAGCGUGUGGGUUGGGGAUAAGACCACCGCCACAGACAUCAAGGGCAAGGAGGUGAUGGUGUUGGGAGAGGUGAACAUUAACAACAGUGUAUUCAAACAGUACUUUUUUGAGACCAAGUGCCGGGACCCAAAUCCCGUUGACAGCGGGUGCCGGGGCAUUGACUCAAAGCAUUGGAACUCAUAUUGUACCACGACUCACACCUUUGUCAAGGCGCUGACCAUGGAUGGCAAGCAGGCUGCCUGGCGAUUUAUCCGGAUCGACACGGCCUGUGUGUGUGUGCUCAGCAGGAAGGCUGUGAGAAGAGCCUGACCUGCCGACACGCUCCCUCCCCUGCCCCUUCCACACUCUCCUGGGCCCCUCCCUACCUCAACCUGUAAAUUAUUUUAAAUUAUAAGGACUGCAUGGUAAUUUAUAGUUUAUACAGUUUUAAAGAAUCAUUAUUUAUUAAAUUUUUGGAAGCA